GACCCGCUAUAUGUAUACCAGCGUUUGAAAACAGUUAAAACUAUACUUUCCAGUAAAGCGCAGCAGAUACCACUUCCAACCUCGGCCAUUUCCGAGUGUAGCGACGUUUCGGACAUCGUUGAAGAAGAAAUGCCCGCACCGCCCAGUCCCGAAACUGGUCUCGAGUCCGUCAAUGGUGUCCAACCGGAACUGCAGCGAACCGAAAAGGAAUCGGAAAUAAGAAAAAUGUACCUCGUUGCGGAAUACUUGGGGAACGAACGUGAACUAGCGGAAAUUUUGGGACCCCUGCCGUACAGUAAAACGCUGUUCAGGAAUAAGCAUUUCAUCCUAACCUGUACAAUUGCACCGAGGUCAUCUGAUAAUUCUACGGAUAAGAACGACCUGCAGAGCAAGUAUCGCCGAUUCAGUGCAGUGCCCUUCGUAAAAGAUCACCUUCGGCAGCAGAUAGAGGCCGGGGGCGGAAAGGUUUACCAUCACUUUGAGGACAUUCCAAAGACCAAGUACAAACAGUGCAAGCUGAUUGCGCCCCAUCCAUCGGCCACGGCCAAGUACGUGCAGUGUUUAGCGGUGGACAUUCCGGCCGUCUCGCACGAAUGGAUAAUACAGUGUUGCCAAACGCUCACGUGCGUCGAUUACAAACCGUACGCGCUUCCGUCUGGGUGGUCUAUCAUCGAGGAGCGCUACAUCCGCUGGAAUUGUGGCCGAGGGGCUGAUCAGCGGUCCACGGUGAACCCCUUCGUUGGCCACUGCGUGAACAUUGCCAGCAUGGACAAGGACUUCAUAGAGUUUUGGAGCCGGGUAUGUAAACUGGCCGGAGGAACCGUUCGGUUGAUAAAAUCCGAAUCGGACCUGACGGAGAACCUGUCCGGGUACAUGCUGACGGAUCAGGAAUUCCCCGAGGACGUCAAACUGUGGGCUACCCGUUACGGGCUGUUGAUCGUUUCGACGGUGUGGGUGGUGCAGAGCUUAAUUCUGGGCCGUAUCUGCCAACCGGACAGUCACGAAAAGUUGACACAAAUCUACCAGGAUGACGAUUACUAGUGAAUAAUGUUCUUUUAUAGUGCAAUUAGUUUCCUUUUUUAAAUUUUAGUCGUUUAUAUUUUAAUUUCUUUUUAUCAAGCAUUUGAUGCUUUUGUGCAAGACCAACCUCAGUACUGUCACACGUCGUAUUUUGAACCAAUAGCCUUACUAAAGUAAUUGUUUCUGUUAUGUAACUAGAAGUAAUAUUGUCUGUUAAAUAUGUUAAAGCAUAGCCCAAAACUAGACCUAUACCAAGCAAUCAAAUCAAACUGUUAGGACAGCAAUUAUAAUGACACCCAAGUAUUCUUCGUA